AUGCAUAAUCCUAACAGGAAGAACUUUUCGAAUAUACAAAAGAAAAAAAACGUUAAUUACAUUUUUCAAAUAAGAAAAGACAGAAGUGAUCAAACUCCUUACACACACACAACAUAUAGUAGCGGAAACCAUUCCAAUUCUAUGGUUAAUCCAAAAUUUCCAACUAAUGGAAAUAGACGAAAGGAAAUGAAUGAUGAAACGAUAUAUGGUUACAGCAACAACGAGGUUAAGAAUAAAAUUUUAGACAAAGAAAAUAUGAUAAAGAAUAAAGUUUAUAACAACGCUAGCAGUAGUUUGAAGAAGAAAAAUUAUUAUGAAAAACUAAAUGCCACCAAUAAUGAGGAAAAAGAAUUUGUCAAGCAGAAGAAUGCUGUUCUCAGUGAACACAUUGGUAAAAAUUACAUCGACAAAGAGUAUGGCGACAAUAAUAAUUUGACGAAGGAUCGAUCCAAGUUUCGAAGAAUAGGUUAUUGUAAUGAGGAGAAUAAUUUAAAAACGAAUUCUGCGUAUGACGAUGUGAAUAAUGCUGUGGCUAGUAAGAGUGGUGUGGUCAAUGUGAGUGGAAUCGCGCCUCAUCGGAGGUUUAACGAUUUAAAGGCAGGUCCAGGUGGAAGUGGUGGUAACAACAACGAGGAGGCUAUGAACAACGCGAAAGGAGGUGCGGCGGAAGGGGUGCAUAAUCAGAAGCAAAAUUUCGAUCACUUCGGAAAAAAGAAUUUAAUGUAUAUAAAGAGUAACAAUGAUAAUAACGCGAAUUAUAAUUACUCCAAGAUGAAUAGAAAUCAGAACAAGUAUGGAAAUACCAAUUUUAGGGAUCAUCCCCAGGGGACAACUCCAGUGGGGACAACAGGGGUAGCAACACAAGGGGUGGCACCACAACGACCACUUCAGUCGAUUUCCUACAUGGGGAGAGACAAAUUAUACCAGAAAAAUGAGAGAGAACAUAAUACUAACAGCAACAUGAACAACGUCAUGGGUGGAAAGGGUAGCUAUAAGAACGAUACACUAGGGCCCAAGGAUAAAAUUUUGAAUGAGGACAAAUUUAUCGAAAAUAACAAAAUGAGUGAUAACGAUGUAGGAACAGGUUUGGGACAUAACGAGUUCCAGAGGAAUAAAAAUGUUCCCAAUAAUAAGGGUGGCAUGAUGAACGGGAAGAAUAUAUACAAAAAAGUAACAAACCAUAGUAAGCAUAAUGGAGACAUGGUUGUGGAUCACGAAAGAGCCACUACUAAUUACACAUUGAAACAAUAUAACCCUAAUAUGAGAAGAAACAUAUAUACCAAUUAUCCCCAUCCUUCUAAAAAUGAGAAAAAUAUGCCUCAACAUAAAUACACGGUUGAUAAAGAUGGAGGGAGAAAAAAAGAGCAUCAGAAUUUUUCCCUAAGUACCAUAGAUUCGAAUUAUUCUCAUCAAAAUACUUUUGACAAAAAGUUUGGUUCUAAAUUUGUCGACCCACAUAUCAUGGAUAGAAUGGAGGGCAUUAAGGAAAACCCAGCCGAUUUUAAUGCCCGCCUAGGUGAGAUCAAAGGGGACGGCAAAAAAUAUCCCAAAAGUUCGACUAACAAUAAUGAAAAUGGAAUGAACGCAUCCGAUAGAGGUGUCCCAUUAGGGGGUAAUGAGGAGGAUGAAUAUGUUGACACAUCCGAAUACAAUAAGAUCCCACAAUUGGUAGGUGUAGCCAACACCAACAAUUGCGUGAAUAAUAGUACAGGUGGUAAUAACGCUAAGCAAUCAUUUAGGAAUGAUGCAGGUAGUGUUCCUCCUAAUGGGAAUGGAAAUGCCACUUUGAGUGAGAAGCAAAGAUUAUUUGAUAGGGCAGAGAUGAAUGCUCCUUCGAAAAGUUAUGAAUAUAAUACAGUCGAUUCCGGAAAGAUUUCCCCCGAGUUUGGUAAUGAAAAUACGAAUAGGGUAAUAUGUGAGGGGAGAGGAGGAAACGUGGAUAAUGCGAAUGAUGUCGCCUCAAACGUGUCUGCGGUAAAUGUGAGUACAGUUAACUUGGCUAGUGCCAAUAGAAUGUCUAAAGGGAAUGUAGGUAACGGUACGCACCACAUGAGAGAUAAGACUCUUCCACAAAGUGUAAAUCCGUAUGGUAGUAGCCCCAAGUAUGAGGGCGCUAAACAUGUUAGGAAACGUUCCAAUAAUAUGCAAGGAACGUAUAAGGGAUUGAAAGGUACCAAGUAUGAUCCCGAAAAUGAUGAAGACUACCAGAGGUACCCCUCAUCAGAGGAUUAUAAUAAUAAUAGUAAACAUGUGAACAAUUUUUUUUACGAAAAUGUGAAUGACAACGAGGACGAACUUAUGAGUGAAAACGCCAAGGAAGAUGUUGACUUGGGAGAAAAAGAUUACAACCGAAGAAGGGAGCAGAAUUAUGCCAAUCGAAAUAUGAAUUAUAAAUAUUACCCAGAGAGAACUAUGAAGAGACUCCAUCACGAUACGAUGGUGAAUUAUCCAAAGGACAGUAAAAAGAGAGGUUCAUAUGGCACUGGCUUUAAGACUUACUCUGGGGAGUAUUACCCAGAGGAUGAAUGCAUGCCCCAGAUGAACCCUGCCUACGAGGAAUAUCCGGAGGAUGACUAUCCAGAUGCUUCCUACUCAGACAUGGAGAACCCUGAGGAUACGCAAAAUUACCAGAGGAGCUAUUCCCAUGACUCGAAAAGCGAAAAAGGCGCACUCACAAUCAUCAGACUACCAGCUGAGAACAAAAAACAAGUAAAAAAAAAAAAAAAGAACAUAGUUAGUUAUGGAAAGUCCUUAGUCGAAAUGUAUAGUACAGCAAUACCGAUAAACGAACAAGUGGACCCCUAUGCAUUAAAGGCACUGUCAAAGAACGAAAAUUUAAAUGAGAAAAUAUAUGCACUGAUUCCAAAGUCAGUGGUUGAGGUUAGUGAAUAUGAUGAUGUUACACAUGUUACAUUGCAGUCCGCUUCUCCCCUUUUUGUUAAUCAAAAUGAUAAUGUGAAGCAACACAUAAUAACUAGCACGAAUUAUCAGAAGAGCGAUGACAUUCCUAAUAUCGCAUCUUGUGUCGUUCCGGAAUCCGACGAAUCGUUGAAAGAGUCGCUGGAAAAAUCGAAGGAGUCUCUGAGCGGAGGAGAAAACGAUAAAAAUCUCAAGUCCAUAAUCAGGGGAACGUCGCUCCGAAACAAAAGUGGAUCAUCGCUGAGCGUGAAGUUUAUGUUAUCGCAAGGAAAAAAUGAAAAUAAAAGUAAGUCCCUAAAAGGAGAAGAUAGUGAGAUGGAAUUAAAUAAAAAAAUAGAAGAUCACAUCCUAUCAGAAGAAUUGAGAAAUUUAAAAAUUGACAAAACCAUCACGGAAAAAAAAAGGGCUUCCAUAUUUCAUGAGCCGAAAACAAGACUUAGACAGGAAAAGAAGAACGAGCCAAAUAAUAAAGUCGUUUUGGAUUCGAAUAAAGUAAAAAAUGCUACAGAAAUUAAGUUAAAAAAAAUUCAGCAUGUUACUGGGUUGCUCGAAAAAUAUGACAUACCCAACCCGUUUGAGAGCUACACCAUGGACCCUAUAGAUUACUCCCAAUUGGCUGGAAAGAACAACAGCGCAAAGUUGAUGAGCCUAGCCCACAUGGUUUCAAACAAUUAUUACAAGUACAUUUUAAAGAGCAUGGAAAAGGAAGAAAUUAAGGAAGUCUUCAACGAGAAGCGGAAGAAAAUGAUACUCAAAUUAAUAGCCCUGUUAGGCAACCAAAUAAAUUCAGAAAUAAAAAAAAAAUUCUCAGAGGCCAAUGCGGUGGACACAUCGAAGGAAAGCGAACUGAAAAAGGAAGACAAUGUGAAGCCAAAGAUGAGUCCAAAGGAAAGGGAAAUAAAAGUUGAAGAGCAUAAUUUGAUAUGUCAGUAUUGGGAAAAACAGAGUGAAUGUAUGAGCAUGCUAAUAAAGGAGUGGAAUAAGAUUUGCGAAAUUUUAGAGUCGAUAAAUGUAGAUCCUAAUAACAUGGUUAGUUCUCUGAUCUCCCUGUAUGGUGAAAAAACUGUCAGCGAUUUUCACCUCAGUUUUGACCAGAUAAAGGAAUCCAACAUUGAGUUGGAUGUGAAUGUUGAUGACAUUUCCAUUCCGAACAUUGGGGAAUCGCCCAAGAAUAAGUUCGAUCCAUCUGGACUGACAGUGGCGAGCUUGAUUCAGGACAUGAAAUGGGAUGUAGACCUCGAGUUCUCGCUUAACCAAAUAAGGGAAGAAUGGAAAAAUGAGAAUAAGCAAAAUAAGAAGUUGAUACAGAAGAAGAUUGUGGAAGGAAUAAAACACAGAAUAGGGCUCCUGGAUUACCUGAACAAUGUAGAAGUGAAUUUAAACGCAUUUGCCAAAAUAAUCGAAGGGAGGAUGAUAUCAAAUGAUGAUGUAAAAAGUCAGUUGAGGUCUAUGCAAGACUUAAAUGAGGAUGGAAUUUUGUCGAAACUUUUGGAAAACUUAGAAUGUAAUAAAAUGGAUAUAAAUGCAGAUUCGUUUAGAACUCCGACGUCGUUUUUCGUUUCUCAUCAUUUGCCUAUGACUAUGUGUUCACUAAGUGAUAAGUCUAAAAUGGAUGACGUGCAGGAGGGCGAAGAAAAUGGAAGUAGCGGUGAUGGGAACGGUAGCCACAGUGGAGAAGAACGCAGAAGCAGUAUUUGUGACGAAAGCGGUAAUGGAAGUGGGAAAGGAAGCGACAGCGGAAAGAGCAACGACAAUGGGAAGGUUGAUGAUUAUAAGCAGAAUGAGCGUGAAGAAAAUGAAAAAAAUUCUGAUGAAAAUAUGAGUGAAGAUAGGCAAAGUGUCAGCGAAGAGAAGGUAUGA